CGCUGUGGUAAUCCAAAUGGUGCACAGAACCCUAGGAGCGCAUUGUUCGCCAGUACAGGGCUGAUAGCCGGGCGAAGGAGACUGCAGGCACAUCAUUCAAGAAUAGAGGAAAGACCUUGGAGUAAAGUCUCGAAAAUGAGCGCUACGUUGAGCCGCGUGGGCAAGUUUGUCAGCGGCCAUGUUAACCGGGCGCUGAAUUGGCUUAAUCGUCCACCUGCCUCGGAGAACGACGCCUGCGAGGGCUUGGAAAUGAUUCCUCUGAACGACUUUCUGAUGGAGAAUUACUCCAGUGUGUCGCUGGAGGACCUGCAGGAGUCGGGGGCGCGGGCGCGGCCGGCGUCGCCCCGGGCGGCGAGCGCUGCGUGGGCGUGGGCGUGGCCGCCGCCGCCGCUGCCGCUGCAGCUGCUGGCCGCGCCGCUCCGGAGCCCGGUCGUGCGGCGCGCGCUCGCGGCGGAGCAGCGCUUCCUGUGCCGGCGCUUUUGGGGUUUGCUGUUUACCUUGGUAUCCUCCUGUGGAGUUAUUCUGGCGCUAUCAGGUGAUCUCGGACGAAUGUUAGGAGAACAUCCGGGCAUGUGGUUCGUGCAGUUCAGUACAUACUUGAUGGCGUACUCGACAGCUAUUCAUGUAACCCAAGCGAUAUGCGCCAUAUUGCUUCUGACUGCAGUGCAGAAGCGUCGCCUCCGCGAGUACGCGACCCGACGGAGGCAGAGGUCGGCCAGUGGUUCUGGUCGCUCGGCUUCCCCGCUCCCCCCGCAGCUGACCCCUGCCACGCCCCCUGCCACGCCCCCUGCCACGCCCCCUCCACGCCGAGUGGCAGCCCAACGCCAGCUCCUUUGCCAGCCCCGUCGCCGGGGAGGACACCUGCUGUGCUGCAGGUCCAUGCGCAGAUUGAGCACAAUCCCGACGGGCAACGGCCCAGGGCGUCCACAAGUAUUAUCGACACCUUGUAUUUUGGACGUAUUAGCAGAAGUCUUAGAAGUGUCCGAGAAAACUAGUGAUGAUCUCGAACGACUGUUCGUCACUGGCCCGUCGCCCGAAAGCAGUGCGGAGACAAGUGAGCUGGCGUCGGCCAGGUCGCUAGAAGACGCGCUAAGAGACGGGUCUAGUCCAGAAUUCGACGAAAAGAAUUGUUCUUUGCAGUUCAGGGAUCUCUCCUCAGAGUGAUCAAGAGCGAAAGAAAACGAUUAGGCUUACUUCUAAAACCCACUAUUACAAUCCCGAGGAUAUUUUUAAAGAACGCAAAUUCGAUUUAUUUUUAAGGUUUUAAUAUUGAUAUUAGCAUAGCAAAUGUGAACACAAUAUAUUAUGAAAGUUGUUUUUAUUAACGAGAUUAAAUUUCAAUCGUAGUUCAAAUAAUGGUACUGACGUAGAAAAAUACUUGUAUAGUUGACAAUUUUGUAAGGAAACUAGCUAUUGACGUACAAUCGACCAGUGCGCAUCUAGUUGAUGUAGCAUACUGAAGAGAUGUGUAAUUGAGAUGCGAAAGUAUUUCAUAAGUUUGUUAUUAAAAAUAUAUUGUAUCGACCUUUUUAAUGUAAAUAAAAUAAUUUUAUAAGAUU